ACCUGUACAUCACAAUAAUAGCUGUGCUUGUGGCUUGGUGUUUCUCCUCAUCAACAUUCUUUUUCAUGUCAACCUAAUCUUCUCUGCAACUUUUUUUUUGUUUUGAAGGCAAAGAGCUGUGAGAGAAACAAUGGGCAAGGGCAAGAUUGAGAUAAAGAGAAUUGAAAUAAAAAAAAACAGGCAGGUAACAUUCUCCAAGAGAAGAUCAGGGCUCUUCAAGAAAGCAAAGGAGAUUUCAAUUUUAUGUGCAGCAGAUGUUGCUGUUAUAGUCUUCAAUAGCACUGGAAGGCUCUUUGAUUUUGCAAGCUCAAGCAUGAAAAGAAUUUUGGAGAGAUACAGGAAUGCCUCUGGAGGAAAAGCUUGGAACAAUGAAUAUGAGGAAAUGUUGUCUCAAUUUAGAAAUCUGAAGAAUGAAAAUGAGGAGCUGCAAAAAGAAUUGAGUUGUGUGAGAGGUGAAGAUGUGGAGAAAUUGGCACGAAACCAACUGGACUGUCUUGAAGGAAAUCUUGUACUUGCAGCAAAGAAAGUUCAAGAGAGAAAGACAGAAGUCUUAAAAUAUGAAGGCCGGAAGACAGAAAGCAAGAAGUGUUCUAUUCCUAAAGAUUCCCUCCCUCAUUCGCCCCCAUUGAUGGAGACUCAAUUUAAUGAAGCACUUGAAGCAUUGCAUAGUUUAAAGGAUUAUGGGGACGAUGAUGCUCAGGACCAGAAUGCAGGUGAUGGCCACAGAAUGAGAAAACCAUGAUGGAGGUGGUGAUAAUGGAAAAAAAGAUUGAGAGAAAGAAAAAGAGGAAAGCUCGUGCUAAGGUGGAGGAUGGACAAUUUAUAGGAAAGAAGACCAACGCCUCCUCCCAUAGGAGGUGGAGCUGGAGGAAAUGUUGGAUGGAUGGGGACACUAUACAUUGUUGUUUCAGUAUUUUAUGUUUUAGUCGGGGGUUUGAUUGAUGACUUUUGAUCUUCAUAUAUAACUUCCAGAAUCCUUCUCCACUUAAUCUAAUAAAAAGUUUACACUUAUGUAUAACUAGUUAAAUUUUUUUUUGAAAAUAUAUAUCCUAUUUUCAAUCUUC